AUGGAGCCUGCUACCAAAGUCGAGGUAAAUCACGCAGAAACGCUGGCAUAUCCAGCGCCAGGGACCGUCCUUGAGUCUAAGGAUUCGGGAGUCCACGAUCGCGUUCUGGUGCCUCAGCCCACUAAUGACCCUAAUGAUCCUCUGAAUUGGAGCACUUUCGAGAAGUACUCGACCCAUCUCACAGUGUGCUUCUUCACAACACUGGCAACCAUGAAUGCCAGCAACUUCACCGUCGCUAUCAGCCCCUUGAGCAAAGAGUUCCACCAGUCACCAACUCGUACCGGAUAUCUUGUAUGCUUCAAUGUUCUUCUCCUCGGAGUGGGAAACGCUAUAUGGAUUCCCCUGAUGAGAGUCUUCGGAAAACGACCGGUUUACUUACUUGCUCUAACACUUCUUAUCGCAACCAAUGUCUGGAGCUUCAAGACGCAUAGCUUUAACAGUCUGCUUGCGGCACGCAUUCUUUCCGGUCUCGCCAGCUCAGCAGGUGACGCGACGGUUCCCUCCUUAGUCGCCGACAUGUUUUUUAUCCACGAGCGCGGCCAUUGCAUGAUGAUCUUCCACCUUGCUCUAAGUGCCGGGUAUUUCCUUGGCCCUCUCAUCUGUGCCUAUAUCACCGAGGGGGUUGGCUGGCGCUGGACAUGCGGGUUGAUUGCCAUUUCUGCUGGUGCCACCUUGCUCGUGGGGAUCUUUACCAUCAGAGAAUCUUCGUAUCGCCGCGAAACUGCAGAUGUAAGCCUCCCGGCCUCGGCGUAUCCGCCUAAGGCUAGCUUACUCUCCUGGAUGAGCCUCACUCGGGGCUACAGGAGCGAUGUGUCGUUCUUCAGAGUUUUCUUUCGAACACUCUCAUUGGCGGCAUAUCCUCCUGUUGCCUGGAGCGGCUUGAUAAUCGGGGUAUUCGUUGGAUGGAACAUUGUGGUCCAGCUUACUUCUAGCCAUACUUUCACCAAACCCCCAUAUGGCUGGCCUGUCGGAGGUCUCGGCCUUCUUUCUAUAUCAGGUUUCAUUGGCGCAGUCAUAGCCUUCUUCCUCGGCGGAAAGUUGAUCGACAUCAUCGCCACGAGAAUGACAGAUGCCAACAACGGGAGGCGCGAGCCUGAGUUUAGAUUGCCUGCAAUAAUUAUCCCCGCCGUCAUCGGGCCCAUGGGUGUAUUAACCUUUGGGCUAUGUGUUGCUCACUACACCACCUGGGUCGGCGCCGCAUUUGGCUACGGAAUGCAAGGGUUUGGACUGACCGCGGUUUCGAACAUUGCUGUAACGUAUGCUGUCGACAGCUAUCACUUACUCGCCGGCGAAUCUCUUGUGGUUGUCUUCGUUAUCCGGAAUACGAUAGCAACCAUACUUGCGCUCUACACGAUCAACUGGCAGGAAGCAAGUGGUAUCCAGAAUACCUUUGGAGAAAUGGUGGGCAUUCAGUAUUUUUUCCUGCUCAUUGUGAUUCCGCUGUACUUCUAUGGAAAGCAAAUCAGAGCCUGGACUGGCAGAUUCGGAGCUAUGGCAGAGCUCGCGCAUGAGGUCUGA